AUGAUGAGAAUGAAGAAUAAGCCACCGACGGCGGCGACGGCUAAUGGCGGGUCGGCGGCUGGCGGUUCGCCUGAUUCGACGGGAGCAGAGUGGGAGCUGAGACCCUGCGGAAUGCUGGUUCAGAAGCGAAACCCGGAUUCCGAUCACCGGUCCAUUCCUCCACCGACAAUUCGGGUGCGGGUCAAGUACGGGUCAACCUACCACGAAAUCAGCAUCAGUUCUCAAGCCUCAUUCGGGGAGCUGAAGAAGAUGUUGACUGGACCAACUGGGCUACACCAUCAAGACCAGAAGCUGAUUUACAAAGACAAAGAAAGGGAUUCCAAGGCGUUCCUGGAUAUAACCGGGGUGAAAGACAAGUCCAAAAUGGUGCUGCUUGAAGACCCAAUCAGCCAGGAGAAGCGUUACCUUGAGAUGAGAAAGACUGCCACCAUGGAGAAAGCUUCCAAAUCCAUCUCCGCGAUCAGCUUGGAAGUCGACCGCCUCGCGGGCAGGGUCUCGGCUCUAGAAUCGGUGAUUGGUAAAGGUGGGAAGGUAGCAGAGAAGGAUGUUUUGAGCUUGAUCGAGUUGUUGAUGAACGAGCUGCUGAAAUUGGACGGGAUUAUGGGCGAUGGAGAUGUCAAACUACAGAGGAAAUUGCAGGUGAAGAGAGUUCAGAAGUAUGUUGAGACGUUAGACGUGUUGAAGGUCAAGAACUCCGCUUUGACCAACGGCAAUGGAACCCAUACCAACAAAUCGAACCACAAUCAACAGAAACAAAGCAAUGGACAUAGGUUAGCUCCGAUCGAGGAACAUUCACCAAAGCACUCCAAUGGCGACCAGCACCAACAACAACAGCAGCAACAUAGGCACUCAGUUGGCCAUUCCGCAGCCUACCAACAAGAACAGCAGCAGCAGUCAUCAAGGCAUUCAACUUCCGGGCCGGUGGUAGUUACCACACAAUGGGAAACAUUUGAUGCAACACCAGGAACAUCGUCCGCGGCGAUUCCUCCUCCAGCGUCCACCAAUAAUUCAGCCCAUAAUCAACCGAAGUUCCCAUGGGAUUUCUUCGGUUGA